AUGGAUGUGAACAACGCAAUAACCCAGUACAACAAUACACUUACCUUACUUAGAGAUGAACUGGCCCCAUUAAAAUCUAAGACCGUUUCUAAUCAUGCAUCCCCUGCUUGGUUCACCAAUAAUUGUAGGAUAGCUAAACAAGCAAGACGUAAAGCUGAGCGGAAAUGGCUGAAAUCUCAAGAUCAUUGUGAUUUCGCCGAGGAUAAGAUCCAAUGCAAUAUUUACCACCGUACGCUUGAAGAUUCUCGGGUUUCUUACCUCCAGUCUAAGAUCGACGGAUGUGGACAUGAUCAGAGAGCUCUGUUCAAACUUGCCAACAAGCUACUUGGUAGGACAACCGUGGCAAAUUUAUCACCAUCAUCCAGUAAGCUUCAGUUGGCUACUGACUUUAACACAUUUUUCGUUGAUAAAAUCAAACGUUUGCGUCAGAGUACCGGUAUCUCUAUCAAAUCUGAAGUUUCAUCUUUCACGGCUGCAUCGCAUCCCUCAUGUCAUAUCACCAAACUUGAAAGCUUUGAGACAAUCAGUGAAGACACGGUUGCAAAACUUCUUAUACCUAUGGCACCAAAAUCUUGUGAUUUGGAUCCUUUCCCUACCAAAAUUGUUCGUAAACUCAAAUGUGCUGUCUCAUUAUUUCGUUCUCUUGUCAAUUCGUCCCUAUCCUCCGGCAUUUUUCCUGACUCUUUAAAGAUUGGUAUUAUUACGUCACUCUUGAAAAAAUCGACAUUGGAUCCUCAUUCGUUUAUCAAUUAUCAGCCAGUUACUAAUAUCCCUUUUGUAGCCAAGAUCAUUGAGAAAGUUGUCUGUUCAAUUCUUGUUAAGUUUUUAAAUUCCAAUAAUUUAUUUGAUUCUUACCAGUCAGCCUUUAGAAAAGCACACAGUACGGAAUCUGCUGUAAUGAAAGUUAAUAAUAAUAUUUUGCAGGCCCUUGACAACGGAUAUUGUACAUUAUCAGUGUACCUCGAUUUGUCCGCCGCGUUUGAUACCAUCGAUCACAGUAUCCUCAUUGAUCGACUUUCAGCUUUAGGGAUUUCUGACAAGACAGAAGUGCUGUAUAUAAAGCCUAAACGCCGUCUAAAUGUACCCAUCAUUGAAAACAUCCGCGUGGGAGACACCUACAUCAUUCCAUCUUCUGAGGUGCGACAUAUCAGUGUAACGUUUGACUCCACACUAUCCAUGAUUAGACAUAUUACAAACACAUGCAGAGUAGUAUCCUUCCAUCUCUGCAACAUCAAGGCAGUUAGGCGUUUUUAA